UAGGUUACAAACCGGGUUUUCCCAGUUUGGACAUACUCCUACCUUGCACUCCUUCUCCCAGUCUUCCUCAUUACAGACUAUGUGCGCUACAAGCCCGUCCUCCUCCUCCAGGGCAUCAGCUUCAUCAUCACGUGGCUCUUGCUCCUCUUCGCACAUGGAGUGGUGGCCAUGCAGAUAGUGGAAUUCUUCUACGGCAUGGUGACAGCCGCCGAGGUCGCCUAUUACGCCUACAUCUACAGUGUUGUCAGCAGCGAUCACUAUCAGAGGGUGACGAGCUAUUGCAGAAGUAUCACUCUGGUUGCAGCCACAGUUGCUGCCGUGCUGGGACAGCUGCUCGUGUCCUUAGCAGAUGUAUCCUACUUUCACCUUCACGCCAUCACUUUGGCUUCUGUGUCCCUGGCAUUCCUGUGUUCGUUUUUCCUCCCAAUGCCCCAAAAGAGUAUGUUCUUCCACAGGAAAGAGAUCUCGGAAACUCUCCCAGGAAUAGAGAAAACGGUGGCUACAGUCAGCUCCGACAGGCCACCGAGCUGCCAAGAGGACAAGAGCUCUCCAUCUGCUGACAGGGCACCAGCACUUGAACAGCAGACUGGUAAUGCCAAGCCACAGAAUCAUGUGCUCAGGGUUCUGGUGCAGCUGAGCAAGGACUUGAGGGACUGCUACAGCUCUAGGAAACUUCUCUACUGGUCCCUGUGGUGGGCUCUGGCUACAGCAGGCUUUAACCAGGUGCUGAAUUACAUCCAAGUGCUGUGGGACUUCAGAGCCCCCUCUCACAGCUCUGCAGUGUACAAUGGAGCUGUUGAAGCAAUUGCCACUUUUCUAGGCUCAGUAACAUCUUUCAUAGCACAAUAUGUGAAAAUUAAUUGGGACCUUUUUGGAGAACUGGCUUUAGGGAUCUUCUCUACAAUAGAUGCUGUUUCUCUGCUUCUCAUGCACUUCACUACCAACAUCUGGGCAUGUUAUGCUGGCUAUCUCAUUUUCAAAGCAUGCUAUAUGCUGCUCAUAACAAUAGCAACGUUCCAGAUCGCAGUCAAUCUGAGCAUGGAACGGUAUGCCUUGUUGUUUGGAUUCAACAACUUCAUUGCACUGGUGAUUCAGACCAUUCUUACAGUAGUUAUUGUAGAUUCAAGAGGCCUGGGACUGGACAUAGUGAAUCAGUUUUUAAUUUAUGGCAGCUACUUUGCAGUCAUAGGUGGAAUUUUCUUGAUCAGAAGCAUUUGCACACUUGUCUCAAGCAAAUGCUAAAGGAGAAUAACAAGAUCUUAUGAAGAGCAUCUGUAACUGGCUAUAUGACAUGGGUGUAUGGGUCAGGCAGACAACCUCACAUGGCCACGCCCUCACAGGAGAAGAGCUUCUACUGCAGCAUGCAGGGAACAG